GGCCUGUCACGUGAUGAGGGGGCGCCAUGGGGUGAUGUGAGAUACGAGGCUCUCAGACUGCGUGCAGAUGACGCAUUCCCAACCCUUUGGGCAACUAGAUUUCAGUUCCAAUAUGAGAUGUUCCGGUAAGGGAGGGGGGAGGGCGGGCUCUGGAGCCUGGCAGCCUCGCUUCCGUUCCGCUGCAACUGCUGCUUCCGACCUCCGCCUUUCCCUCUAGCGAGGACGAGACAAGGCCUCGCGCGCAUGCUUGGAGUCAUCCUCCGAGGGGCGGGGUUGCAGUCGCGGGAGCAGGAUGGGGGGAAGAGAAGGGAAUUCCAACCUGUAGAACUUUGGGGGUCCUAUGGUCGGGUUCUUCCCCACCACUGUGAAUGGUGAAAGGGGUGGGGCCUUUGGCGGCUCCUGGGGGUAUUGGAGUUCGCAAGGUGAGGGAGGGGGUGUCAAGUGUGAGAGAGGUGCAGGACUUCCAAAUUUAGAACCUUGAGGCCCUUUGGGCUCAGGUCCAGGGCACUCCGGCCACCAUGCGCGACAGGACCCAUGAGUUGAGGCAGGGGGAUAACAUCUCAGACGAUGAAGAUGAGGUUCGAGUCGCGUUGGUGGUGCACUCAGGUGCCGCCCGGCUGAGCAGCCCGGACGACGAGUUCUUCCAGAAGGUGCAGACAAUUCGGCAGACUAUGGCCAAACUGGAGAGUAAAGUCCGGGAGUUGGAGAAACAGCAGGUCACCAUUCUGGCCACGCCUCUUCCCGAGGAGAGCAUGAAGCAGGGCCUGCAGAACCUGCGAGAGGAGAUCAAACAGCUGGGGAGAGAAGUCCGGGCACAGCUAAAAGCCAUAGAGCCCCAGAAGGAAGAAGCUGAUGAGAAUUAUAAUUCAGUCAACACAAGAAUGAAGAAAACCCAGCAUGGGGUCCUGUCCCAGCAGUUUGUGGAGCUCAUCAACAAGUGUAACUCAAUGCAGUCCGAGUACCGAGAGAAGAACGUGGAGCGCAUUCGGCGGCAGCUGAAGAUCACCAAUGCUGGAAUGGUGUCUGACGAGGAACUGGAGCAGAUGCUGGACAGUGGGCAGAGUGAGGUGUUUGUGUCUAAUAUACUGAAGGACACACAGGUGACUCGGCAGGCCCUGAAUGAGAUCUCUGCGCGACACAGUGAGAUCCAGCAGUUGGAACGCAGCAUCCGUGAACUCCAUGAGAUCUUCACUUUUCUAGCUACCGAGGUGGAGAUGCAGGGAGAGAUGAUCAAUCGUAUCGAAAAGAACAUUCUGAGCUCAGCAGACUAUGUGGAACGUGGGCAAGAACACGUCAAGAUAGCGUUAGAGAAUCAGAAGAAGGCGAGGAAGGUAAGCCUGGCCUCUGACCCCAGCCUUGGGCACUCCAGGGUGACUUUCCAUGACCCUACCUCUCCCACAGAAAAAGGUCAUGAUUGCCAUCUGUGUUUCUGUCACUGUUCUCAUCUUGGCUGUCAUCAUUGGCAUCACCAUAACCGUUGGAUAAUGUCACAUGUUCUUGGUGAGAUAUGGCGGGCCUGCCCCAUCCCUGGCAACAGCCUUCCCACCUCCUGUCAGACCCAUUUCUUUCUCCUUCCCUUGCAGGCACUGGGAGAAACAGAGGCCCAGCAUUUGUGGAGGCAGGGCAGGCCUCCAGCUGGACCCACCCUCACACUGGCCCUUGUGCAGAAGGGCAUAUGGCUCUUCUGGGUUGGCAGCUGCUCGUUCAUGGAGUCCUUCCCUUCAGGCCACAAUGCCUGGGAGAAAGUUUCCAAUGUCCUGUUUGUCUGGGACAUAUGGUUUUAUAAAAAAUUAAAAAAACAAAAAAACAAAAGACCAGAAGCUUGGAGCCAGCUGUGCUUGUGUGUUCCAGGAAAGGCUGGCCCAGGCCUCCAAGUCUGCAUUCUCCUUUCCCGUGGCCAUUGCCGACACUGGCCCAGGCUAGCAGGCUCAGACCAGACUUCUCUAGAAGAGCAUCCAAGGGUGGGUGAGGUAGGCAGGGAGAGGCAGCACUCAUAGCUGGGACUACAUAUC